CCUACAUUUUCUCCCUCUAACGCACGCACGCACGCACCCACACACACCCUUUCAUCUUCGCUCAGUGUUCACUCUAUCGUUCUUCGAUCAAUCUUCUUCAAUGGCGGCUCCUCAAAACUCAUCUUCCGAUUCUCGUCCCGUUCACACUGCAUCUCCAUUGCAGAUCUCCAAAGAUGUCCAAGGCUCUGACAAUCCGAUUCCACUUUCACCACAAUGGCUUCUGUCAAAGCCAGGGGAUAGUAAAUCUGGAACAGGACCUAUGGAAAACCAUGGGAUCUCGAAUCCAUCACAUGGCAGUCGCUCAGAGACUGUUAAGACACCUGGUGACGGAGAGGAUGCACAGAAGAGAAAGGAUGUCUUCAGGCCAUCCAUGUUUGACUCGGAAAGUGGACGUCGUGAUCGAUGGCGAGAUGAAGAGAGAGACACUGAGAGAGACACUAAGUCCUCCGUACGUAAGGAUCGUUGGAGGGACGGGGACAAAGACCUAGGUGAUUCUCGCAAGGGGGACCGAUGGGGAGAAAAUCCAGCUCCAAAGAACUUUGGAGAAGCACGUCGUGUUACAUCUGAUGGUCAGAGAUGGAAUGAUUCGGGAAACCGAGAAGCUAACACUGAUCAGCGGCGUGAGAGCAAGUGGAACACACGCUGGGGUCCUAAUGAUAAGGAGCCAGAAGGUCUUCGUGAAAAAUGGAGUGACUCAGGAAAAGAUGGUGAUUUACAUCUGGAUAAAGGUUUGUCUCAUGGGAAGGAUGAGAAGGAAGAUCAUGUUCGACCAUGGAGACCUAGCUAUGCACGUGGUAGGGUAGAGCCUGGUCAUUCCCAAAGCACAACGCCGAACAAACAAGCCUCUACAUUUUCCUAUGGUCGUGGUCGUGGGGAGAAUACACCUCCACCAGUUUUCAGUCCUGGACACGGCCGUGGCGGUAGCUCUUUGAAUAGCACAUAUACUGGAACUGCAUUGGACAAAGUCGAAAGUGGACAUGAAGAACCUUACCCCUUCAGAUAUAACAGGACAAAAUUGCUUGACGUGUACAGAGUGACUAAUAUGAGUAGACAUAGAAAACUCGAUGAUUUUGUGCAGGUUCCGAAUCUUACACAGGAUGAGCCAUUGGAGCCUCUUGCUCUUAUGACACCAAGUUCUGAGGAACUGUCUGUCUUAAAUGGCAUUGACAAAGGAGAAAUAAUUAGUAGUGGUGCGCCUCAAGUGACCAAAGAAGGAAGGGGAUCAACAGAUUUUGCUCAUACUAGACGAAUGAAGCCUGGAAUCACUCCUCUCCAAGAUAGAGGUGAAGAUGGAGGUUCUUACAAAGUUGCUGAUGAGUUGACAAGCAAUAGAGAUUCAUCCUUUGAAGGAAAUAGUUCUGUUCAUCCUGGUGCUGCACGGCGAGCCAACCCAGCAGGUGAUCAUACAAGUUCUCUCUUGCACAAUAGCAGAGAUGUACCUAGUGAUGUUAGACCAAAGAAAUCAGAUGCGAGUUCACAACAGCCAAAAGAUCCUCACAGUGAAUGGGAAAGCAAGUUUGGUUUUGUAUCCGACUCCAGAGAAGUAGGUAAGUGGCACACUAGUGAAGAUCCCUUUGUUAAGAGGCAACUAUCUGGUGUUUUGGAAAGUGAACUUGGAACCAGAAGAGUUCCUCCAACAGCUCCGGAGGAUUUAUCCCUUUUGUAUAAAGAUCCUAAGGGUCUAAUCCAAGGUCCAUUUAAAGGAAUUGAUAUUAUAGGAUGGUUUGAGGCUGGAUAUUUUGGUAUUGAUUUACCUGUUCGUUUGGAAAAUUCAGCAGUUGACUCACCAUGGUUUUCUCUUGGUGAUGUCAUGCCACAUUUGCGAGCUAAAGCUCGACCACCACCGGGAUUUUCUGCACCACAACCGAAUGAAUUGGCAGAUCUAACUGGCCGCCAAAAUCCUACUACAUUUGGAAAUACCAUUACUAGCUUGAAUGAGGUUGAGAUGUUGAAAAGUGAUUCUAGACAUCGGCAGGGUUCUGAUGCCGGAGCUGAAAAUAGGUAUCUGGAGUCACUCAUGUCUGGUAACAGGAACAGUCCUACACUUAACAACCUGGCAUUAUCAGAAGGUUUUCAAGGGUUUGCUGGAAAUACUUCAAGUAAUCUGGGCCCAUCUGGAGUUGAUAGUGGAAACAACAUUUACUUGCUUGCCAAGAGGAUGGAACUUGAACGCCAGAUGUCCUUACCCAAUUCAUAUCCUUAUUGGCCAGGGCAGGAUGUAGCAUCCCUUGCUCCAAAAUCAGAUGUCUCAGAUGUGUCACUGCAUUCAAAGCUCUUGUCUUCAGUGAGUGACAAUUCACGUCAACCUCAGUCUCAAAAUUCUGAAUUGUUGUCGAUAAUCCAAGGAUUAUCUGACAGGACAUCUGCUGGCAUAAAUAAUGGCACUGCUGGAUGGCCAAAUAAUCCCUUACAAGGGGGAUUGGAUCUCCUUCAGAAUAAAAUUGACCCACUUCAUGAUCAGAAUUUCCCUCAAAUGCCAUUUGGAAUUCAGCAACAAAGGCUGACCCCACAAAAUCAGUUGUCUUUAAGCAAUUUACUGGCUCCAGCUGCGGAUAACCCAUCCAGUUCUUUGACAGCAGAGAAGCUACUUUCUUCUGGUUUGUCGCAAGAUCCACAAAUAAUGAAUCUGUUGCAACAACAAUACUUGUUGCAGUUGCAUUCUCAAGCAGCUGCUUCAGCACCGCAGCUGCCCCUGUUAGAUAAACUCCUGUUGAUGAAGCAGCAGCAGAAGCAGGAAGAGCAGCAGCUGCUCUUGCGGCAACAACAGCAACAACUGCUUUCAAAAAUGUUGCAGGACCAACAGUCUAACCAGCUCUUUGGCAAUUCAUCUUAUGGACAGUUGCAAAGUUCAUUACCAAUGGGAAAUUUACGUGUGGAUCCUUCUCAACUUCAACCCCCGCAAGAGAUUUUUCCCAUGAGCUCCCAGACACCAAUUCCUAGUGUGCACAAUGAACUUAGUACCGACUCUAUGAAUUUGCAUCUUAAUGUCAGCCAAGAUUCAAGUUAUACAGUUAACAGUAAAGCUUCUCCUAUGCGCCUGCCUCACCAGUUAUUUGGGGAUACAACUCCCCAAAAUAACUGGGCUCCUACUACUCUUGCUGAGCAAAUUAAUGGAAGUCAUAGAAAGGAAACUCAAGCUCCUCAUGUUGAUAGUUCAGUUUUGCAUGAUCUGAACAGAUCCAAAGAGGAACCCCACAUUGUUCAUGAUUCUGUUUUUGACUAUACUGCUAAGUCAUUGGAGCACGUCUUAAAACAUGAUGGUGUUGCCAUACCGACAAUUUCUAUGCCAUCUGUACAUUUACAGUGUGAUGCACCUGCUGUUGAUAAAUCUUCAGCAGAAUAUAGUGAGAUUGAGUUGCCCCCAGCUAGUCAUCGUGGUUCAGAUGUGAAGAUCAGAUCUGAUAUUUCACAUCAAGAGCAGCUGGCUGGAAUAGACAGCUCCAGUGCUGUGCAUGUUGAAACACAUGAACCCAAAAAGGCUACCGAGAAGAAAUCUAAGAAGCAAAAAUCUAACAAACAGUCCUCUGACCAAACAAAAGCAUUGCCAAAAAAUACAACUUUGCAGCCAUCAAAGCAGUCAGAAGUUGAAGUACCACCAAAUUUUAAUGAGUUGGGGGAAACAAACAACAACGAACCACAUGAAACAUAUCUGCAAAAAACAAGAAGUAAGGUAAGUCAAAUUGAAGAAAAUGCUGUCCUAGAGACAGCUGAUCAUCAUGAUGUCAGUGGCCAGGCUGCUGGUGUUUCUAGAAACAUUACCGAGAAGUUCCUUGCAGACGAUUCUAAGGCAAUUGGUUCUGUUUCUACACACAAUGUCGAAGUUCCUGCUGGACGAGCUUGGAAACCUGCUCCAAGUGUCAAGGCAAAAUCUUUAUUAGAAAUUCAACAGGAAGAACAGAGAAGUGCACAGACAGAAACACUUGUAUCUGAUGUUGCUGCUUCUGUCAAUUCCGUGAGUCUGGCGACGCCCUGGGCUGGGGUUGCGUCCUAUCCAGACUCUGUUAAAGUAUCUACAGAGUCUACUUUUAAUUCUCAAACUUCUCAGAAUCUGAAGAACAAGAAAAGUCCGCUGCAUGAUCUAUUAGCUGAAGAAGUUUUGAAGAAGUCUAUUGAAACAUAUGUAGACCUUCCAGAUAGCAUGUUGCCUUUGCAUGAUAUUGCUGUGCAUUCAGAAUCAAUAGAUGAUAAUAACUUCAUUGAGGCAAAAGAAACUAAAAGAAGCCGCAAGAAGUCGGCAAAAUCAAAGGGUUCAGGAGUUAAAGCCCCAGUCCCCGUUGCGUCUGCGGAAGUACCUAUAUCUUCAAGCCCUAUUGAAAAAGGUAAAAGUUCCCGAUCUGCACAGCAGGAAAAAGAAGUGUUGCCUUCAAUCCCUGCAGGACCCUCUCUAGGAGACUUUGUUGUUUGGAAAGGAGAGCGAGAGCAACCUAUCACAUCUCCUUCUCCAGCAUGGUCUACUGAUUCUGGUAGGGUUCCUAAACCGGCUUCUUUAAGGGACAUCCUGAAGGAGCAGGGGAAAAAAACUUCUUCUGCUGUGCCUGCGAUCCCAGUGCCUACGCCUCAGAAAUCACAGCCUUCCCAGGCUAAUUGGAGCAGUGCUUCUUCACAGUCAAUUUCAGCUUCCUCUCCAUCGAAAGCUGCCUCUCCACUUCCGAUAAACUCGCAUGCUUCUAAGCAAUCAAAAUAUAAAGGGGAUGAUGACUUGUUCUGGGGUCCAAUUGAACAAUCUAAGCAAGAAACCAAGCACAGGUCAGAUUUUCCUCAGCUGGCUAGCCAGGGAAGCUGGGGAUCUAAAAAUGUACCCUUGAAAGGUAAUUCCCUGGGAUUAUUAACCCGGCAGAAAUCAGCAAGUGGCAAACCAACUGAGCGACCUAUAUCAUCACCUGCCUCGUCUCAAUCAGCACUGAAACUGAAAAAAGAUGCUAUGACUAAGCAAUCUGAGGCCACGGGCUUCAGAGAUUGGUGUGAGAAUGAGUGUGUUAGGCUUAUUGGGACAAAAGAUACAAGUUUCCUUGAAUUUUGCUUGAAGCAAUCCAGAUCAGAAGCCGAGAUGCUUCUUAUAGAAAACCUUGGAUCAUUUGACCCUAACCAUCAAUUCAUUGAUAAAUUCCUCAAUUACAAGGAUAUGCUACCAUCAGAUGUGUUGGACAUAGCUUUCCAGAGUAGGCAUGGUAAGAAAGUUAACGGGCUUGGCGCUGCUGUCAAGGCAUCAGUUAAUGCAGAUAUACAGGAUGUGGACAACACUGAAGGAUCCUCCAAAGCAAGUGGUGGAAAGAAGAAAGGCAAAAAGGGGAAAAAGGUUAGCCCUUUAGUUUUGGGAUUUAAUGUUGUGAGCAACCGGAUCAUGAUGGGUGAGAUCCAGACUGUAGAAGAUUAAAGACAAGGUUAAUGCAGAAGAUUUAAGAUUAAGAUAAGAUUAAUGCAGGAAGUUGUUGCAGUAGAUGUACAUACAUUUUGGUCGUAAACUGUAAAUGCUUUUGUUGGACUUGGGAUUUUUAUUUAUUUCCUACCCAGACUGUUAAUUUAGGUUCUUUGACGAUUCGUCAUGAAGAGAGACUGCGAUAUUUUCCGCAAUUCAGUUUAAUGUUCAUUUUAAAAAUUUCAACUAUGCAUCUGAAUGGUAAUAAUGGUUGAAUCAA